AUUAGAGGGAUGGAGCAACUCUCCUAUGAAGAAAGGCUGAGGCAGUUGUACUUGGUCAGUCUGGAGAAGACUUUGGAGUGACCUUACAGCACUCUCCUGUACCUAAAGGGAGUCUAAGGAGAAGCUGGAAAGGGACUUUUGACAAGGAUAUGUAGUGGCUGGACAAGAGGUAAUGGCCUUAGGUUGAAGGAGGGUAAUUUUAGAUUAGGUAUUAGGAAGAAAUUCUUUAAUGUGAGGCUGUGAGGCACUGGAACAGGCUGCUCAGAGAACCUGUGGAUGGCACAUCCCUGGCAGUGUUCAUGGUAGGGUGCAUGGACCUCUGAGCAACCUGGUUAAGUGAAACGUCUUCCUGCCCUUGGCAAGGGGACUUGGAACAAGAUAAUCACAGGAUCACAAAAUCAGUUACAUUGGAAAAGACCUCCGAGAUCAAGUCCAACUUUUAACCAAACACCACCUUGUCAACUAGACCAUGGCACCAAGGUUGCCAUCCAAUUAUAUCUUGAACAUCUCCCAGGAUGGUGAUUUUACCACCUCCCUGAGCAGUCCAUUCCAAAGCUUAGCAACCCUUUCCAUAAAGAAAUUCUUCCUGAACCUGAGGCUGUGUCCUGUUGUCCUGACCCUAGAAGAGGAUGACCCCCACCUGCUACAACCUCCUUUUGGACACUGGUAGAGAGCAAUAAGGUCACUCCUGAUCCUCCUUUUCUCCAGGCUAAACAACCUCAGCUCCCUCAGGUUCUCCUCACUGGACUUAAAAGGUCACAAGCCAUUCUACCACCUGUAAGAGAGGUGGCACACACAGGUGUGUGGAAGGCAUAAUGGAUAAAAAUAUUUCUGUUUAACAGGGGCAGUGUCAAGCUAGAUGGGGAGGAAGCUGUCUUGUGCCAAGCCAAUCCUACCUGAACUCUUUUGGUGCACACUGACUUUUUAAAAAUCAGUGUGUUUUUUCUGAAUGUAGAAAUCAAACUGAUAUCUAAAGCAGAUUAAAUGGUUCAACACAGGGUAGUUAUAAAAGGUCAAAAGAUGACCAUUCUGUAGGAAUGCUCUGUCUCAAUGCUCCAUUUACCAUCCUAUACACAGGUUAAAUUUAGACUUUCCAUUUGCAUUGGUGCCUGAGAUGAAAGAACCUAUGGAUAGCAAAUAUUCAUUUAAUUCCUCUAUGGUGUUAUAAAAUAUAAUGAAAAGUUUCCAUUAGAGAAGUAUUUUACAGCAUUUUAAAGAUGUUAGAAAAACAAAAUUGUGCACAUGUUUAUCUUUAGUUUUCCUGUUACAAAUACAUAUAUAGCUAGAUGAUCUUUUAGGAACAAAUCUUUUUUCGUGAAUUGAAGACUAGAUAACCUUUCCAAAGUAAUGAUCUGUUAGGUCUGCUUGGAAAUACAGCUGUGUUUUGUCGACUCUUUUCCUCAUUUCAUUCUAGCUUAGAAUGGUUGCUCUGUGCCUCAUCCACAGCCAGAGAAAUAAACAUAAAUCUGUGCUGCAGCUUCGUAUCACUCAGUUACUCCUUCCAGUCAUUACUUUUAAUGAGUUGUUUGUUCCUGAAUGAAGCAGUGAAGGUAGAUGAUUAGAGUAGGCUGUGUCCUGAAUCGUGCAAUGUCACUACCAUGCUUUGCUUAGUGCAAUAAUCAAGAAACUGGCUGACGGUGGAGGAGCAGUUUAUUGUUAUUAGACAAACACACGAACAAAACCAAACAGAAACCAAAUCCUGGUGGAACGAGUCAAGUGCAACUUUCUGUGAGAAAGUGUAGACAACAUGUUAAGACAGACAAGAGAAUAAGACACCUGGACCUACCCAAUCUUCUUAAGCAACAGGGAAAAGACCAUCUUCUAUUUUUUCCACUGUGACACUCAGUAUGGUGUCCUCAGCUAUUCACUAAGAAGGAAACCUGGACAAAACUAUUUUGCAAAAAGAAAGAAAGAACUUGUGUUUAUUAUAUCUGGAAGAUAUAGUAAAUAUGACAAGGUUUAUCUGUUUAGAUCACUAGAAGGAUUAAAUUCAUAUAAUGAUUAGAGCUUGGGAAAAAAUACUUGUGUAUAAUUUAUGGAAAUUGUUGUACCAUUAGGGAAUAAUUUUCUUGAAGUACACGCAUUUUUUACUGAUUUCUGAUGCACUUCAAGUCAGUUUUCCAAAGUAAUAAAUAUUCACAGUAAGUGAAAAGAUUUCAUCUCAUGUUGAGCUUCUUGUAUCCUACUCUGAUUGUUGUUACUCUUUGUUGUCAUAGGUGAUAGGGGAUACAUUUUUUCCUUACACUGGCAGUACAUCCAGUCCAAGUUUGCUUAAGCAACUUUUUAAAGCCUCCCAAAUACCUACAAGCUGAACAUAAAGGAAGCUCUAAACCGUUAUCAUCAAUCUGCUGGGAGUGACUACCAGACUGGGAAUGAAGCCAACCACAUAGCAGUGGGUGUAACAACAGAACAAAAGUACUGUAGGAAUGAGGCCUAGAGCCAUGAUAUGUCAUCAAGGGAUGACUGUGGGCAGGAUGGCUUGCUGAUGGGGUGACAGGUAAUCAGGAGGAUUGUAGCUGACUCUUUUUGCUGCAAUUGGCCAGGUGAAAGAGUGAGUGACACCAAGGCGUCCCUAAUGUUUUGUGUUCCACCCUUGCACAAGAUCCACAGGUUUCUCUCUCUGUGUCUUUCAUUAACAUACAAACUGGCUGCCCCCUCUCCAGGUUCAUGCAGUUCAGGCAGUAAUGGUGUUUGGCUGCAGUCUCACGUUCACUUCUCCCAUAUGUAUGAACUGCUAUUUGAAAUCCUUCAUGGCAGAGAAUGAGAACAUGAGCACCUCGCAGGCAAGUCAAUGGGCUUGCUCCUCUCUCCUCCCUAAAGCAGGGACACCUCUUUGGCAGGAUUUGACCCCCAGCUGUGUCGGCGUGCAUCCGGGGACACUUGCCCAUAGCACUCUACACUUUUUUCAUGUCUAGUGAAUCUGUCUCCUGAAAUCUAACAAGAAGCUGUAACUUGAUGUCCCAACAAACUGAACUACUGGUGAACCUGGGUUCUUGAAAGUUCUUAUUCAAGUAGAGCAGAUGUGUUUUGAGUGUUGACUCAUUAAACUGCAUUAUCUGUGACUCCGUCAUUGCAAAUGAGACCAGACUUAAAAUGUAACCCACACCAUUGGUGCCUUUGGGAUUUCAUUGAAUGUGAGUGGACUUAGAGUGACAAGUUGCUUCUAAUCAGAAAUUAAGCACAGCUGCAUCUAUCCCCUCUGUUCUCUGGGGAUCAGAUGGAAACCAAAAUAAUUUAUUUUCUGCCAGUCUUCUCUACUUUUUAUACAAAAAAUACACAGCCAGGUCUCAGAUUAAAAACCCAAUUUAUCAGACCUCUUCAUCCAGACAGUAUGACUUACAGACUAUUGCCUUUCUAAUCACAUAUUAUAUUCACAGGAGACAGGGGGACAGCAAAAUAGCAUUUAAGAUUAGCUUUCACCAAAAUACAAUCAAAAACAGGGGCCAGAUAUCCCAAAGUACUGUGAUAGUCAUAACUGCCUCUAUUAUAUGGCAUGGGAAAGCAAAUGGCUGAAUUGUACCUUUUGUCAUCCCUAUUCAUUCUCUUCCCAUUUAUUGUCUGAAUACAGACCUGUACUUAUUUGGCAUUGAUAUCAAUUAUUGCUCAGUUACUCAUAUGAGGGAAAAAGAGUAUUUCAUCCAAGUACCUAACUUUUUCCCAUGUCCGUGUGUUUGUAUUCGCAAGGCAUUUAAGGUGUCUAAGUAAGAUCAAGUCUUCAUGUAAUUAAUUGUUUAUGUAUCUAAACAUAUUAAUACACAUUUUUAUACAAACACACACACACAUACACACACACACACACACACACACACACACACACACACAUUCCAAUGAUAUGUAUCCAUAAGAAAUAAGAGGUAAAAGCAAGGAGAAAUAAAACAUUUUUCCUGAAAGAACACAGGUAGAAAAAGAUUAAUGGAAGCUUGGAAGUAUGAAUUCAUACUGAUAUGAUAUGGAAUACAAGAUGGCAGUAGUAUUUAGCAGGUCCCUGACCCAUAAUUGAAAAUAUUACUUUAUUUCAGCAUGUUCUUCCACUGCUAGAAUAUUAAGAAAACAAGUGUUUCUGUAACUCUUUAUUUUGAAUUCUCAUUAUGCAUCCUAUAGAAUUUUAGUAGUAGAGACAACAAAUAAUCUAACAUAAAUAGAUAUUAUAUUCUAGUAUCCAGCUGAAAUGAAAAUUAAGUAGAAAAACAAAACAAAACAAAAAGACUAUUAAGUCAUAAAGCAGAAAAUGAAAGUGUUGUCAAAAGCAUACACAGGGGGGGAAACCCUAAAAACCAACAAAAGAAGAAAGAAAACUUCUCCUACAGAUUAAUUAAAUGUCAAGAUUUUGAAGAAAUGGGAGUCUAUAAAUAACUUCAAAGCACCCAGCAUAGCACUCAGAAUUUAUACGGGAAAGAAGGAACAUUAGAGCUUGUCCUUAUCAUGAGUGCUUUUGGCUUGAUACAAAUUGGCCUCAUACUGUCAAGCACCACCAUCAUCUCCAGUCUUCAGUGCAACCAUCUCCCUUUGCAGCAAAGAAAAGUGAUUGAGAACAGCCUGCGACUCUUGGAUAAAAUGGGAAAAAAGUUUCCUCAACAAUGUCUAAGAGAGAAAAUGUCCUUCAGAUUUCCUGCACAGGUUCUACAGCCCAGGCAGAAAGAGACUGUUGGAGUUGCCAUUGAAGAGAUAUUCCAACAUAUCUUCUAUAUCUUUAGCAAAAAUCUGACUCUAGCUGCUUGGGAUGGAACAGCUUUGGAUCAGUUCCAAAAUGGGCUUUAUCUGCAGAUUGAGCAAUUGGAGGCAUGUGUAUUUAGAAAGCACACUCAACACCAUCGGAGUAAAGAAGCCAGCAGGCUGAAACUGAAAAAGUACUUCCAAAAAAUAGACUGUUUUCUUAAAGACAAACAACAUGACCUGUGCUCUUGGGAGAUCAGCCGUGCAGAAAUGAGGAGAUGUCUCCAAUUGAUUGAUAAGGUGACAAGGAAGCUUAAAAACUAAGGGUAUCCAUACUCUACCACUCAUGGAUGCAAGAUACAGAAGAGAUGGCAGAUGUGGAUCUCAUGGAUGAAGCUGAAAUACCAGAAACAAAAACAGCUAGAAACUUCACCAUGAUCCAGAACAACAAAAAGGACCAAAAAACCAGAGUAAAUUAUUAGAGUAAUUUUUCCAUCUGCUGACACCCUGCUAGAAAUGUUAUAACAAAAUAUGUAUUCUUUGCUUUAUAACUAACAGCCCUGGAAAUGGACCCACCCUGGGACCGUUUCAAAUCUCAUUUCUGUUGCUUGUUUUUUUUUAAUAUUUGUUCAAACCUAUACAGUAAAAUUACAUUCAGCCCUCUUGCCCUUCUGGUUCUGGUAUCCUUGGGUGGCUUUUGCAAUGCAGAAAACUGUUAUUGAAAUGGUCUUGCUUUCACUGAAAUUUGGAAAUAGUAUGAAAUAUUUUUCAGCUGCUCUCUUGUGAGUGAUUCCAGUUUUUAUUGCCUAACUUGUCUGCAAUGGGAAUAUGUUAAUUUAUGGCCCACUAAUUGUUCAGAAAUUUUGUAUCAUUAAGUUUUCUUUCUAAUUCACAGUUGUGCUCAUAAAUCUCCUCAUCAAAUAAAAAUCUGUUUUGAUGUAUUUCAGUCAACAUGUUACUUUGCAGUGCGGGAGAAAACCAGAAUGGGCACUAGAGGGCAAAGUGAAAUUAGAGACAAAUGUAAGAAUUUUAGGUGAAUGUUUGUGUGUUUUGGCAAGACAGUGUUUCAACUCCCUAGAAGCAUGCUUACCAAUAAGGUGCUCAGGAAUUAAAAGAAAAAUUAACUGUUCUUGAGAAAAAACUAGAAGAUCUCAGAGAUGAUGGACAGGAGCUCAUAAAGCAACAUUUGAUUUCAAUUACUUUUUGUACAGCUUUGAAGCAACAGAAAUUAUUUGUAUUGAGACAAUAUCUAGAAGACAUUUAAAUACGGAGACCCUGGAACAGUCAUAGUUAUAGGACAAAUAAUAAGGAAAAACAAAACUACAAGCCAAUAUGCCUUUGUUUAAGGACUCUUAAGUGUAAGAUAAGAAAGAUGGAGAUUCAGAAGAUCAUUUCUCUUCAUCUUGCCCUUGUAACAUUUUGGAGUAAUAUGGAUUUCACUGCCAUUGUGUUACCGGGGGAGCUGUAUGUUAUGCCUCUGGCUAGCUGCAACCCUCUGGUAUUUUCUCCAGUUAGUAUUUUUCUACAAGUUAAAUAGAUGAGGCAAAUAUAUACAUAAUUUCCAUUAUUUUCAAGUGGAAAUGAAUACAACAGUAAAUGUGAAGUCUCAAAUCCCCAUGGAAAGUUUAGCAUGGAUGAAACAAAAUCCUUCCAAGAAGGGACUGAUUUUAAGCCAAGAAGCUUCAUAAAUUUUUCCGUAAGACUUACACACCAGUGCUGUGCAGCACAGGUUCCGGUCACAGCUGUGGCUGUUCUCCUGGCUAGUCUCACAGCACCUUGUUUAUCUGUGUUGUGCUGGACUUAGCUGUGCUGCAUUUUUGGGCACACUAAAAAUGGCAAGUUUUCAUCUACGCAAAGUUCAUUUUCUGGCAUAGAUUUAUGGGACUGGGGUCAAAAGCCUUGUCUUCCACAUGAAAUUCAAGAAUAGCUGCAGCAGAACUGAAGAACGCUUAUUCCAGACGUUAUUUUGGAAAAAAUUAUUCACAAAGACCAGUCAACUAUCAACUACAGCUGUUCAACGCACUUGGUCCAUUGGUUUGGCAUGCUCCGUCAGCUCUGGCUUAAUUUUUAAAUCGGAGAAAUAAAAAAAAAAAGCAAACUCAAACCAGAAGAAAAUCCCCAAGCAAAAUGGGCAAAACCCUGUGGAAAUAAGUCUCCAAACAAUCACCCAGGAUUAGCCCUUGCUGCUUGUCCUUCAGAGCAGCCCUGGGGAAGUUGCAAGGGUGGCCAUGGUGGAGCAGGGAGACAGACACCAAGGCUGGGGCUGUGGGUGAGAAAAGGGAUCAGGAAUUGCUCAUGGGAAGAGUGCCCACAGACUGCUAGAUCCUGCUUGUCCUCACCCCUUCCAAUCCAGUCUGCCCCUGAUUAGGGCUAGCCCUAGUCUGUUUUUCCCCCUCCCAGUUGAGGAGGAACACUGGGUUCUUCCACAGAGCAUUCAGAGAGAAGACAAAGAAAUGAGGGUGACAAAGAUACAGAGUAAAUCCUGAAACAAAGUGUCAGUUCUCAGUUUUAACUGAUAGAAUGAAUUUACUUUGCUUCAGAAAUUUAAUGCAAAGCGAAACAAUAUGAACAAAGCAAGAUUGCAAGUGAUACUUUCCAGCAAGGUGAUUACUUUUUAAUAUCCAAAAAUCUUCUAAUCCUCAUAUUGGCAGGUAUGAGUCAUUUGUACCACCAUUUCCCACAUUUCUCCUGACAUCACUCACGAAGGUGCAAGGGCUUCUUCAGUGCUGAGAGCUCCCCGAGAAGCAAUCAUCUGACAGAGAAUGUGAAGACAAUCUUUCUUCUCAACCUUCACCCAUCUCAGUGCAAACAACCUAGCCUGCAAACUAGAGGGAAGCUGCAGUGCUGCUGUGGGGCCACCCCUCUGCAGCCACACACUGCCAACCCCACUGUGCUUCCAAACACCAUUCAGGCUCUUCAUCAGUUCUGUCCUGAAUUAAUUUUUUUUUUUCUCUCUGUAUGACUUCAAAAUUGAAAAUCCUAUCUCAUGUGAACUGGUAGCUCUCUGGUUUCAUUUCAGUGGAGCUGAGGAAGAAGCAGUGGUAAGUGGUGAGCAGAUGAGCACAGGGAAAUUCAUGUCCUGCCUCAGUUCUCUACACAAGAAGCUGCAAGGUUAGUAAUUUUCUAAGACUAGCCUUGUUGAGCCCAAAUGCUCACAGUUAGAAUCUUAAAACCACAUUACCCUCAUCAGUGAGGAAUUCACUGUUCUAAGCAAAUGAUAUCAUCUGCUUUUAAAUACAUAAAAGUAAACACAAUUAACACUCCCUUCUAAAAAACAAUUGUUAAAGCAUGGAUGUGCAUUUGCAAAGUCAAAAUCCACACUCAAGAGAUUAACUACUGAGAUUUCAAAUAGUGUUAUCUGUCCCCUGCACACCAGCUACCAACACAUCUACUCACUGUAACUCUUACUGUCUAUACUAUUCCUUAAGUGUAUAAUCCCUAUUUCUUAUCUUGGUAGACCAGAACC